GUUUCGUCAUCACCAGCAAUGGCAGCGCACAUGGCGAAAAGCAUGGCACCGAAGAAAAGAAAACUAAAAGACAUGAGUGUCGAUGAAUUCAUGAAUAGUGCAUUUGAUUCAGACAGUGAUGGUGAUAGCUCUGAGCCAGAAAUUCCCAAAAAGAAAAAAGCAGCAAAGAGUAAAAAAUCUGACAUGACAGCAGCCACCAUACACAAAAAAUCUCUAGAAAAACUUGAAAAAUUAGACCCAGAGUUUUAUAAGUUUUUAAAAAAUGAAGACAAGUCACUACUCAAUUUUGCUGAUGAUGAUGUUGGUGAUGAUGAAGAGGAUGAUGAAGAAGAUGAGGAGGACGAUGAAGAUGAUGAAGAUACAUCAGAAGAAGAUGUAAAGAAUGGAAAGAAUUCCAAAGGCAAGCUUGACCUCGCUGACCUUGAUGAUUACAGUACAGAUGAAGAGGACGAGGAAUCUAGUGAUGAGGAGGAUUCUGGGAAGGGACGAGUGCACAAACUACCAAAAAAACUAGAGGUUGCUAGUGAUGGUAGUGAGGAGUCUGAUGAUGAUGAAGAAGAAAAGGAAGAAGAUCCAACAGAUACAGCAUUGAGUGGAAAGAAACGAAGAAAAGGAACACUAUUGACACCGAGGAUGAUAAAAAACUGGUCCAGAAAUUUAGAGACAAAGCCAACUAUGGCCGUACUAAAGGAAGUUAUAGCUGCACUUCGGGCCGCAGUUCUACAGGCAGGUGGAGAGGGGAAGACUGAUAAAUAUGUUGUCAAGGGUAGUGCAGUGUUCAAUGACAUCGUACGAGUUUGUCUGACCCAGGUGGCGCCAGCGCUACACCAGGUGAUCGGACUGCCACCUUUAACAGACUUACAGAAACCUAUUGUACCUGCCAAUAACAACAAAAAGUGGGUGAAAAUUCGUGUGGAUGUCAAAACCUAUCUGACAUAUUUAUUGAAGCUGGUGAGCGAGUUAUCAGAGCCGACCAUGAUCAAUGUGAUCCUGAAACAUAUACACAAGCUGGUCGCCUUUUAUUCCUGUUUUCCAAAAAUAGCCAAGGUCAUGCUGAAGAAAAUGAUCUCGCUGUGGAGUACCGCGGAGGAGGCUACUCGUGUCAUGGCCUUCUUCUGCAUAAUCCGACUCGUCCACAUCUUGCAGACCACUCUCUAUGACAUGUGUGUCAAGCAAAUGUACAUUGCUUACGUGAAGAACUGUAAAUUUACUUCCCCAACCACACUCCCGAUGAUCAACUUCAUGCAGCGCUCCAUGGUCGAGAUCUUCGCCAUCGAUGUUGUACGGGCAUACCAGUACACUUUUGUUUAUGUUCGACAGCUUGCAAUACACUUAAGGAACGCAAUAACAACCAAAAAACAGGAGAACUGUCAGGCGGUGUAUAACUGGCAGUUUAUACACAGUCUCGGACUGUGGGUGAGACUACUCAGUGCUACACACCCCAACCCUGUACUGGAGCCCCUUAUCUACCCCCUUACACAGACACUCAUAGGUACCAUCAAACUGCUUCCAAACUCCAGGUAUUAUCCAUUGCGAUUUCACUGUGUCCGACUGAUGACAACUUUGUCCCAAGCAACCUCCACAUUUAUCCCAGUGUUGCCAUUUCUGCUCGAGGUAUUUGAACAAAUUGACUUCAAUAAGCAACACAAGAAUCCAAGCUUCAAGCCGUUUAACUUUGCAUGCAUCCUCAAACUAUCGAAGUCUCAGUUGGUGGAAAAGUCCUUCAAGGACGGAGUAAUAGACCAGCUUUAUGAGUUGCUCCUCGACCAGCUACAUGUCCACCAGAGUUCUGUCGGGUUCCCGGAGCUUGCCUUACCCGCCAUUUUACAGCUCAAGGACUUCCUGAAGAAGUGUAAGAUAGCUAACUACUGCAAACAGAUACGCCAGAUCGUGGAUAAGGUGGAGGAGAAUUCAAAAUUCAUCACCAAUCGACGCAAGAGCUUCAACGUAAAUCUUGCCGACACCAAAAGCAUUGAAGCAUGGGAGAAAAAAUGUGAAGAGGCUGGAACUCCACUGGGGAAAUAUUACAAGACCUGGAGAAAACUCAGGGACCGCGAACUCCAGCAUGAGAUUUCAGCUAAAGAACAGAUCUUGGAUGUUGAUGACGGCCUUCCUGUGGUUGUCAGACCCAAGGGUCCACAGAAGGCCACAGAGGAGGACAAAAUGGACUUCGCUGCACUCUUUGACAAUGACAGCGAUGAAUCUGACGAUGAGAUGAGAUUUCUUCCCAAGUCUGAGCGAACAACAAAGGCCAAAAAAGCUGGCUCCGAUAGCGAUGAUUACAGUGACUUUGACAGUGAUGAAUUGGAACAGUUGGCUCAGUCUGCAGAUGAGGAUGAUGAAGACAGUGAUGAAGAAGAGGAACAGGAGGAAGAGCAUGAUGAGAGUAAUCCUAGUAAUUCAGAUGAUGAUGAAGACAUCCCAGAUGUAGAUGAUGUUGUGGAGGACUUUGAAAUGUCAGACUCUGAUUAAAAUGCAUUGAAUGAUUAAAAUGCAUCGAAUAUUAUUAAAAUAUCUGUUUUAUCAUACAAAAUAUGA